AUGGGGGGUUUCGAUGACGACGACUUGCACGACUACGAGAACGAGGACUUGGGGUUUGACGAAGACGCGUUGAACGACGACGAGUACGACCAGCUGUACGACGCUCUUCCCAAACUCAAGGCCCUUGCGAAGAACCACCAGGUCGACGAAAAGACGUUGAAAGAAAUCCUCUGGAAUAAUUAUUUUAGCAUAGACGACUCCUUCGAGGAGGUGAAGCAGAACUACAAGCGUGAGUAUGGCGAGUACGUGCGGGCGGUCCCUGACGGUGGUCCCAGUUGGAUUCUAACAAUUAGAACGGCCAAUGUCGAAACUGGAGCUGCUGGCACAGCAACGCAGAGAGCGCACGGGCCUGCGCGGGCUCAGGAGCGAGGGCAGAGACGGCUUGUCUGGUCUUCUCGGGAGGGUCAAGGAGACGCCGAAACGGGAGAGGGCGAGAAGGUCCCGGCCGGCUCAGGUCGACCAGGGGCAGAGUUCUGCUCCAGAGAGCGACGAACAGAAAGGCCCAGAGAUUCAGAACCCGGAGGAAAUCGAGCCCCGAAGAAAGCUGCUGCGAAUUUUGAGAAGCCGGGCCCCGACGACCGCAAAGUGGAGAGUCUCACAGAAAAGGUGGCCAAGAUCAAGAUAAAAGAGCCCAAGCCGGCGGCAUCGAAGCCAAAACAGAAAAUCGAUAUCGACGCCGAGCUGGCCAAGAAAAACAGCAAGCCGAACCUGUCUUUUGUCGUGAUCGGCCACGUCGACUCCGGCAAGUCCACGCUCAUUGGCCGGCUGCUGUACGACCUGGGCAUUGUCGACUCCAAGACGCUGCACAAGCUCACCAAGGAGAGCGGCGCGAUGGGCAAGUCGUCGUUCUCGCUCGCGUGGAUUAUGGACCAGACGCAGGAGGAACGUUCUAGAGGCGUCACCGUCGAUAUCUGCCAGACGCAGAUCGAGACACCAAGGCAGAAGUUCACCAUUAUCGACUCUCCGGGCCACAAAGACUACGUUCCGCAGAUGAUCAACGGGGUGAGCCAGGCCGACCUGGCGGUGAUGAACAUCGACGCAAACUCGUUCGAGAGCGGGUUCAGCAACCAGGGCCAGACCAAAGAGCAUCUGACCAUAGCGAAGAGUCUUGGUGUCGAGCGGUGUGUGGUGACGGUCAACAAGCUGGACGUUGCGCAGUGGUCGCAGACGGUGUACGACGCGAUCUGCAGCCAGAUCAGACAGUUUCUGGUCGACGAGCUGGCGUACGACGCCGCGAACCUCGUUUUCGUGCCGACGUCGGGGUUCCUCGGCGACAACGUUGUCAGGCCAAGCAAAAAUCUGGCCUGGUACACAGGUCCCACGCUGAUGCAGGUUCUGGAGCAGGAAAAUAGAGCAAUCAGUCACGUUGUGGACAAAAAGUCGCCCUUUGUCAUGGUGAUCAGCGAUAUCCAGGAGCCCAGCAAGAACGACGAGCUGGUGGUCAGCGGACGCAUCAACUCGGGCAUCAUCCAGCCCGGCGAGAGCGUGAGCAUUUCUCCGAGCCAGGAGGUGGGCGAGGUGGCCUCGAUCUCGAUCACGGCGUCGAGCGUCGGGUCGCCGGUGAUCAAGCACGAUCUGCAGAAGCUUGCGCAGGAGGGCGAGUUUGUGGAGCUGAAACUGAAAAAGCUGGCGUCGCGCGAAAAUGUGAAAGUCGGCGACGUGGUGACGCUCUCGUCGAACGUGCUGCAACCGGUGAAAAAAUUCAAGUGCGAGCUGAACCUGUUCAACAUCGAGCGGCCGCUUCUUGUGGGCACGCCGUUCGUGCUGUUCAAGAACGGGAUCUCUGUGCCGUCGCGGCUGAGCGAGAUCGAGUCGAUAGUGACGAAGGACGGCCGGAGCAAGAAACGGCGCCAUCUCAGCUCGAACAACACUGCCGUGGUGGUGGUGGAGUUGCUCGAACGAGAGCUGCCGCUGGUGACGAUCGCCCAGGACCGCAAGCUGGGCCGCGUCGUGGUCCGCAAGGACGGGCUGAGCAUCGGCGCAGGGAAAAUCCUCGAGCUGGUGGCAUAA